AAAUUCAAACCCUCUCAUCGCGCGGUUUAGGCUCAGUCCCAGAUCCAAGCAGAAAGGAGUGGAAUUCCAUGAGCUCUACGACGGCCUACGCCUUCGACGAUCGAGACCUAGACGAUGCGGCUUUAUGGGCAAUCAUUGACUCCGCCGCCGCCGCUUCACUUUCCUCCGCCAAAACCUCCCCGAGACCUAACGCCAAACCUCUCACCCCCAUUGCCUUCCCCCUCAACUCUCCGCAACCGCAAUUCGACAGCCCAAGUCGGAAUGAUCGCCACAAUCUCGACGGCGAGGUGGUACAGAAUCACCGCCCGCACAAAAUUCCGAGAACAACUAGCACGUCGCGUUCCACUCCUCAGCAGCUCAUGGUGGUGAAGCACGUGAAUCGCUCGCCAAUCACUCCUCCGGCGUACAAUGCCGACUCCACGGAGAUGAGAAAUCUCGCGGUGACGGAAUUUCAUAGUCCUAAUGCGUCGUCUCUGAGCUGUGACAAGCCGGAGCCCAGGCAUUGUUUGGCCGGUCAGUUUCCGACUGUUUCGCUGUUCAAGGAGUACCAAAAUGCUGCUAUGGCGAUAUUGGAGAAAAGUGACUAUACCAUGAUAUCAGGAAAUACUUAUAUUAAGAAGUCAGGUUGGAGGAAGAUAUCUUUCUACUUCAAUCUCUCUUUUGAAAUUAAAGACAAGACCAUUGAGUUUGAUGACAACCGCAAUGUUCAGCGUGCUGAGUUUGUUGUUCGGGCUUACAUGCAAGGUGGAAGAUUCUCAGACGGAUGGGGUUCCUGUGAACGACGUGAGAAGAAGUUCUCAAAACCAAAUCAUGAUAUUCCUAGCACAGCAGAAACAAGAGCCAAAAACAGGGCAUGCCAGGACUUGCUUGGUAUUGGUGAGUACCGGCCAGGUGCCAGGCAUACUUAGGGGUGAAAUAUAUGUCAGAAACUCAAAAUGCAUACAACUGGAAUUACCGAAGGUAAAGCUGAACCGGACUUACUUUCCCUCUUAAUCUGCUUAACUUCAGCAAGUUAACAAACGAAAUUAAUACUGAUAUGUUAUCAUUCAUAAUCUGAAAUUGAUUAUGUAAUGUUGUUAAUGUAUCAGAACCUUUUAGCAUACAGUAAGAUUAAAACAGCAAAUACAAAAUUUUGGUGAGUUGAUACUGUCUGCCAGAGGAAUUCCUGUUUGAAUGGUAGACGACAAGUGCUAUCUUACUUAUUCUGUA